AUGUACAUUUGUAUGUUUUGUGAUUUUGUGGAUCUUGUGGAAAAUAGGGUUGAAAAUACAUAUUUCAAAUUGGAUUUUAUUAACUUAAAUCUUAUCUGCUUUCAAUCAAUGUAAACGUAUUUCGUUUGGAAUCGGAAGCAAUAUUCCGGUGACGAAGUUUCAGUAGUUCUUCAGUUUUUGAUAAAAACGCAUACGCUGGUACAGGUACUUGUGACCCUAUAGCUUUAAGAGCCUUGUUUUGUGGUUUGAACAAAUAUGGAUACUAAUGCGCAUAGUGAACUUGAUCAAGAUGAUUUGGACAGCAAAGAAAUGAAAAAUGAAGAUAACCAGGCCUUCCAUACAGGCAAUGAAGAAUCUGAAAGAGGGACGAUGGAAAUGUUUGUGAAUAGUGAAAAUGAUAAUACUGAAGCCAUGAGAGACAUAUUAUUGAACAGAAUAAAAAUGGAGCCCAAUGAAUAUGACUGGGCUGAGUGCAGUGGAAAUAAUCAGGGAGAAUUCAAGGCAGACAGCUGUGCAGUUAAAGAAGAAGUGAGCAUCAAAAAAGAGGACAUUGAAGAAAGUAUAGAUCCAUUUGAUCCAGAUUCACAUGGGGUCAACACUGGACAUAGUGAAGGUUAUAACUUGAAUGAAUAUGCGGCAAGCAAGGAAGAAAUCAAGAUUGAGCCUGAUGCAGUAAAAUCAGAAAUGGAUAUUGAUAGUGAAGACUUCAAAAUUUCAGAAAUCACUGAAGAAUUCAUCAUCAAGAGCGAUGGUGAGACCAGCAUGGAUGCAUCUUCAGAUGCAGCUCCAAAUAGAACACCAAAAAAUAUAUUCCCAAGGAAACAAGCUGUGUAUGAGAAAACUGACAGAAAAUCGUUUAGUUGUUAUAGUUGUAAUUAUACUACUUACCGUAAAAGUCACAUAAUCUGGCACAUGAAAUCGCACGAUAAAAAAAGUUCAUCCUCUUCCAGACUCGGUUUGAGCAAAGCUAUGAACGCCCAUAAACAUAAUACAUGUAUACACUGUAAUAUGACGUUUACUCGUGCAAUAGGACUUGAUGAUCAUAUUGUUAGGAAACAUCCUGAAUUUAUUGAGUCACUUGAUAGAAUAAUACGCGAAUGUCCACACUGCAUUUAUAAAACAAUUCAAAAGAAUGACUUUGAUAGACACGUAUUAACACAUUCAUCGUCUGGUUCAAGCUAUAAGUCCAAGACAUGCACUCAUUGUGAUGCGACAUUUAAAAGCAAAACGGCUUUAGAUGAUCAUAUAGUUAAAACACAUCUUGAUUAUAUGUCACUAGUCACCAAAUUACAUCACUGCACGCAAUGCAAUUAUAAAACCGCUAUAAAAACCUGCUUAGACAGACAUUUGUUGUUUCAUCUUGAUGAAGAUUCCGAAUUUAUGAAAUCAAAGGAUGAACAAAUAUAUACAUGUCAACACUGCACUUAUAAAACUUUUAAAAAUUGCGACCUUGUUAGACACAUGUUAACACAUUCUGAGAUUAAUUCAAUCUGUAAGCCCAAAACAUGUACUCAUUGUGGUGCGGUAUUUAAAAGCAAAACGGCUUUAGAUGACCAUAUAGUUAAAAAACAUCCUGACUUAAUAUCACUAGUUACCACCAAAUUACAUCUCUGUACGGAAUGCAGUUAUAAAACUACCAUAAAAACUUGCUUGGACAGACAUUUAUUGAUACAUUUUGAUAAGGAUCCUGAGUUUCUGAAGUCAAAUGAUCGAAAAACACACGAAUGCCACCUCUGCACUUACAAAACUCUUAAAAAGCACGAACUUGAUAGGCACACGUUAACACACCCUGAGACAGUUGAACAGCCAUUAGGGAGUCAUGUAAUGAGAAAACAACGUAAAAAACAUCAGAAGUGCAUCCAUUGUGAUAAAGCGUUUAGAGACAAAACAUUGCUAGAUGGUCAUAUAUUGAAAAAACAUCCUGAAAAUAGAUCAACAAUUACAAGCAAAUUAUAUAAAUGCUCAAAUUGCGUUUAUGAAACAACUCUGAAGAAUGAUUUUAAUAGGCAUAUGUUAAUACAUUAUGGAAACGUUCAAGCUCCUGCUUAUAAACGGAUGUGCACUGAUUGCAACGUAACAUUCAAGGAUUAUUUAGCCUUUGAUGGUCAUAUAAUUCAGUACCAUCCUGAUUCUAUGGAUUUAGUUACUAGUCAGCUAUAUGAGUGCAAAAAAUGCAAUUACAAAACAGUUUGGGUAGCUAGUUUACACAAUCAUAUGUCAUCAUGUAAAAUGGCACUUUGAAUAUAGGCUAAUCUAAUUAAGUUUUUAAAUGCCAAAAUUCAGGGUGUAUUUAGGCAACCUAUUUCCGACACUUUUUUCAACGUUUUUUAUUUCAUAAAAACUUUCCAAAUCGUGUACUAUAAUGAACUGUUCAACGUCUGAUAGGUGCCAUUUUAUAAAAGCUAAAGAAAAUAUAUUAUGCAAUCAUAACAAUAACAGCAUAGUAUAAUUUGAAAUCCUUUUUUUGUAAAAUAUAUUUAUGGCACUGAAAUGUCUGUAUGGAUAAGAUAGUAUAAUAAAACUAUG